AUGAAGCGCUUUCUAGGUUCUCUGAGCAGGCGCUCGAGCUCAAGCGACAGUAUAGACCACCGCGACGACUCACCGGAAGGCAUAAUCGCAAGAGAAUUGACGGCCUUCUGCGAAUCAAACAGCUCUUCGCACGACGCGAACCAUCAAGGAAACGAAUUCGUGCACCUCCCCCAAAUAGUCGAAACAGCCGAAUCAAGCCCCAAUGCCGCCAAAGAAGCCGCCCUCCGAAUCCGCAAAUACCUCGCCGACCCAGCCGGAACCCCAAACCACGUCCAAUACAAUGCCCUCAUGAUAACCCGCAUCCUAGUCGACAACCCCGGCCACACCUUCACCCGCAACUUCGACGCGAAAUUCGUUACCACGAUCAAGGAUCUCCUCCGCGCUGGUCGCGACUGGCACGUGCAGAGCUACCUCCGCCAGUACCUGGAUACACUCGAGCAACAGCGCGGCUGGGACGAAGACCUCAAACUCCUGCUGCAGAUGUGGGCGAAGGAAAAAACGAAACCGCAGCGCGGACUGAUUGAUCGGUUCCCUAUGGCUUCGGGUGUUGCAGCACCGCCUGUACCGCCGCAUCCGAAUCCGCAUCGUAAUGCCUAUGCUGGUGCGCGGGCGCAGGCGUCUGCUCGACCCCCUACGAAUACACUACCCAACGCGGAAGAGUUGGCGGCGCGCGUUGAAGAGGCGAGGAACUCGGCUAAGCUACUCACGCAAUUCGUGCAGUCGACGCCGCCGGCCGAGCUGGAGGAUAAUGAUCUCGUGAAGGAGUUCGUUGAUCGGUGCCGCACCGGUUCGCGGCUUAUUCAGGGUUAUAUUCAUUCGACGAAUCCCGCGCCGGAUGAGGAUACGUUGUUGACGCUUAUUGAGACGAAUGAUGAGAUUUCUGUUGCGUUGUCGCAGCAGCAGCGGGCUAUGCUGAAGGCGCGCAAGGUGAGGGGGUCUUCAUCGCCUAGUUCGUCCAAUGUGAAUUCGCCUGAGCCGACGUCUCAGUCUCAGUCUCAGGGUUUUGCUUCUGGGGCUGCGGCGCCGAGGGAGCAGCCUUUGCCAUCUGUUCCGGUUGCUACGGAGCUGCCGUCGACUGUUAUGACCGGUGGUAGGACGUCGAAUGCCACUACUGCUGCUCCUACUGCUGCUCCUACCAUUGGUAAUACGGGCCGAUAUGAGUAUCGGCCUGAGGACUUCCAGGUUCAGAAUCCCUUCGCUGAUGACUAUGUCACGGACGAUUCUGAUCAUGGGAGGAAUCAGACGCAUCAGUCUCAGAGAGACCGGGUGCAUUUCCAGCCUGCUGAGCAGGAGCGUUGA